AUGACUCAAGCAAUCGAUUCAAAACAUUUGCUACUGUGGAAAAGACAUGGCGAAGAGCAUUUUGCCAACGUCAAAUACGGAUACUGGGUAUUAUUGGUCUCAAUUGCCUAUAUAUGCGUGCUUUUCGUGAUUCGACGUUUUCGUAAAAUAAAUAAUAAUAUACAUAAAUCAGAUCUAUUUUGGAGUCAAUUGUAUUCGGUCAACCCAUUUCUUCAUUUAUCGCUCAUUUUAGUCCCCUCCUUUUUAUUAUUUUAUUACCCACACGGCAAUUUAUCCUUAUAUUCCAAAAGACUGGGUAGAUUAAGUUAUGUAUUGGUAAGUCUAAAUUUGUUCCUAGGAUUGAAGCCCUCACUGUUACAAGGCUACACAUAUAAUGAUUUUGUACCACUGCAUAAGUGGCUGUCGAGAGCUAUUAUUAUCAUAGCAAUGAUACAUGCUCUAGGAUUUCUUGUCAAAUGGAGUAUGGAUGAGCAAGUGUCUUUUGUGGCAAAAAUCAGCAAUAUAUGGAAUCUACUGGGGGUUAUAGUUUUACUAUCUGCUUUUCUUCUGAUUUUUAUCUCGAUAAAGCCAAUAAGAACAAGAUAUUACGCAUUAUUUUACAUUGUACAUAAUAUAGUUGAUUUUCUGCUAGUUACAGUCAUUCCUCUACAUGCAAGACCUGGUGUAACAAUGCCAUACUUUUUGUUGAACCUUGUCCUAAUAUCGUGUCAUAUUAUUUUGAGGAUUAAAAACACAAAACAGUUUAAAAUUUCAAGUAGGAUUGAUGGUAUUUCUCAAUCAUCCAAUUUAACAGUGAUUAAACUUCCUCGAAAUCUACUACCAAGUAAUUUUCCACCAGGCACGCAUAUUAGAGUUAGUCCCUACACCAAGUAUCAUCCUCUAUACUGGUUAGUACCAUCACAUCCAUAUAGUAUUGCUUCUCUAAGUGAGGGAGAUGAAAUAAUUCUGAUCUUAAAUGAAUCCACUUUUAAAUUUGAGGAUACUGAGACGUAUCUUUUACAGGAUUAUUUUCCAGCUAACUUACCUUUGGAAUCACUGAGUAACUGUGAGAAAACGUUGAUCGUAUGUGGUGGAAGUGGUAUAUCAUUUGGUAUGCCAGUCUUUAAUUUUUUGCAGAAGAUGAAUAGUAAACAAAUUGUUAGACUCAUCUGGAUAACUAAACGUUUCGAAGAUUUCAAGUUUCUGUCAAGUUUAGUCAAUUUAGAACUGGGAAAGGAUAUGGAAGUUUAUGUUACAGAGAAUAUUAAGGAUGGCUUAGUCUCCCACGCGGAAGAUUUUGAAAUGGAUUUGCUAGUCAAUAACAGAAGAAUCAAUUGGGAAACGGAUUUGCUGGAAUUUACUGGUGAAGACAUUAAUGAAAAGUCAUGGAUGAUUUGUUGCGGACCUGAAGGCCUAAUCUCUGAUGCGCAAAAGUUCGCAUCAAAACGCAAUAUCAAUGUGUAUAAGGAAUUUUAUAAUCUAUAA